AUGGCCUCAUUAACUACAGUAGAGCAGAGCCCAGCCAAAUGCAAGACAACCACGGAAAAGGGCAAUGGAACUGGGGAAACUACCAAUUCUAAUGUAGAUGCAGAGACAAAAGAAAUAAAAAAAGGUUUUCCAUUCCAUGAUUUGGCCAAAUGGCAACAGCAGUAUCGAAAUAAAUCCAGUAGGAAUGAGUCAUUGGUAGCACUGAUAUAUCUCUUGGGCUCAAUGUCGUCUUUUUGUCUACUUAUAUUUUUCACAGAUUUUUACCUGAUACCUUUGUUCCCAACCACCACAACAAUGACGGAUUAUAUCGUAUUCAAUUUUUACUUAUUGAAUGUUUUUGUAUUCUGUAUGGUACAUUUCGUCUAUCAUUUUAUUAAGAACAUUUCUUUACAGCAACACCUCGAACAUUGGCAGAAGUUUUCGUAUUUAUCAAACAUCAAUCUUUUGAUAUCUUCACAAAUCACAAUACUCUAUUAUCUAUUCUACGAUUAUGUGUUUUUCUUCAAGAUUUUUACUCUUCUGAUGAAUUUCAUAGGGCUAGUGGCAUAUUUUUUCAUCUUAACCGAUAAACUCAACUCCUCUAAAAGAUUUAAUAAAACGGUUUUCUUCAUUUCAGUAUCAGUGGUUUGUUGUUCUUUACCGUUAUUAACCGCGAUCAUCACAUUCGAUGGUUUAGAAAAUCUAAAAGAAAGAAUAAAAGUGAAGGCGAUCACUUGCGAACUUGUAGCAUUGGUGGCAGCAUCGAUAAUUUAUGUAACCAGAUUUCCGGAAUCGUUGUUCAGACGAAAUAAGAAGGAGGAAAGUUGGAAUCAUUCAGAGUACCUAUUUCAUCUCGUUAUUUCUGGCACUGCUUUUUACCAUUUCUUUAUUUUGAUUCAAUCCUAUAUCUUGAUGCAUUCAAGUCUGAAUCAGCCUGAACUAAUUAAUUUCAAGUCGUAG